AUGGAGCAGGUGGAGCAGGUGGAGCGGAUGGAGUGGGUUGGGCGGGUGGAGCAUGUGGAGCGGGUGGGGCAGGUGGAGCAGGUGGGGCGGGUGGAGCAGGGGGGGCAGGUGGAGCAGGUGGGGCGGGUGGAGCAGGUGGAGCGGGUGGAGCAGGGAGGGCAGGUGGAGCAGGGAGGGCAGGUGGAGCAGGGAGGGCAGGUGGGGCAGGUGGAGCAGGUGGAGCGGGUGGAGCAGGUGGAGCAGGGAGGGCAGGUGGAGCAGGGAGGGCAGGGAGGGCAGGGAGGGCAGGGAGGGCAGGUGGAGCAGGUGGAGCGGGUGGAGCAGGUGGAGCAGGGAGGGCAGGUGGAGCAGGUGGUUCUGAGAAUGAAGGAGGUGGUUGUUAUGUAA